GAAGCCCUCAAGCGGAAGCGCAUCAAGUGAAACACCGUAACCAGCGUAUUUUUUUGACGUAACCUUUGCCCACGAGUCCUGCCAUGGCCAUUCCCUUCUAUGAGAACGAGCACGCGUCGGCGACGGCAACCGCGCCCAGUGACAAUGCCACCGCCACCGCCACCGCCACCGCUGGCGACCAGGUGGAUGGACCGCCGCUCCUCGAUCCCGGAUUCGACCAUGUGGACUACGAAGGACCUCCGCCAGCAGCGGCGCCAUCAACGGCAACAAGUGAGCCGCCACCGAGCGCCGAGGAGCAGCUACUGGCCUGGAAAAUGCUGGCCCUGACCAUGUGCAAGGUCCUCAAGCAGUUCUGCCAGCAUCACAAGCAGGCCACCGGGAAGCCCACCAAAAUGACGGCCACCGUCCAGAUCCAGCCACAGAGCCAGUAA